GUUCUCAGGCGCUGUGGUCUCACCUUCCACUGGGGCAACAAUGGGCCAUUUCCAGCAGGGACGGUGCGGCGUUGGCCUGCAUGCCUGACUGCCACACACCUCCAGAAUCAGGUGUCUGAAAAGUGGCAGUGACAAAAGAAGAGACUCUCCCGGCUGAAGCCCCGGUGCAUGGAGAGAAGGAAGAAAUCAAUUUCCUAAUUGGUACCAUAUACAUCAGAUGGAUGGUUUCUAGUGUGCUUCCAAACCCCACCUCGGCUGAGUGUUGGGCAGCACUUCUACAUGAUCCUAUGACUCUUGAUAUGGACGCAGUCCUGUCAGACUUUGUUCGGUCCACAGGGGCAGAACCUGGUCUGGCCAGAGACCUGCUGGAAGGCAAAAACUGGGACCUGACAGCCGCUCUGAGCGACUAUGAGCAGCUCCGCCAGGUGCACACAGCCAAUCUGCCGCAUGUGUUCAACGAAGGGAGGGGUCCCAAGCAGCCAGAGCGAGAGCCACAGCCCGGGCACAAGGUGGAGCGGCCCUGCCUGCAGAGGCAGGACGACAUUGCCCAAGAAAAGCGACUUUCCCGGGGGAUUUCCCACGCCAGCUCAGCCAUCGUCUCCCUGGCCCGGUCCCACGUGGCAAGUGAAUGCAACAACGAGCAGUUCCCCCUGGAGAUGCCAAUCUACACAUUCCAGUUGCCAGACCUGAGCGUGUACAGUGAGGAUUUCAGGAGCUUCAUCGAGCGGGACUUGAUCGAGCAGGCAACGAUGGUGGCUUUGGAGCAGGCAGGUCGCCUGAACUGGUGGUCCACUGUGUGCACAAGCUGUAAACGGCUUCUUCCUCUGGCCACGACAGGGGAUGGGAACUGCCUUUUACAUGCCGCCUCACUGGGAAUGUGGGGGUUUCACGACCGGGACCUGGUGUUACGGAAAGCUCUCUAUACCAUGAUGAGGACGGGAGCCGAGAGGGAAGCCCUGAAGCGGAGGUGGAGGUGGCAGCAGACGCAGCAGAAUAAGGAGUCAGGGCUGGUGUACACGGAGGAGGAGUGGGAGCGGGAGUGGACGGAGCUGCUGAAGCUGGCCUCCAGUGAGCCGCGCACACACUUCAGCAAGAACGGCGGCACAGGCGGGGGUGUGGACAACUCCGAGGACCCCGUGUAUGAGAGCCUGGAAGAGUUCCACGUUUUUGUCCUAGCCCAUAUAUUAAGAAGACCCAUCGUUGUUGUGGCAGAUACCAUGUUAAGAGACUCAGGUGGAGAAGCGUUCGCACCCAUCCCAUUCGGAGGGAUCUACCUGCCCUUGGAGGUCCCUCCCAACAGAUGCCACUGCUCGCCUCUGGUUCUGGCCUAUGAUCAAGCACAUUUCUCUGCUCUCGUGUCCAUGGAACAGAGAGACCAGCAGAGAGAACAAGCCGUGAUCCCCCUGACGGAUUCUGAGCACAAGCUGCUGCCUCUGCACUUUGCAGUGGACCCUGGCAAGGACUGGGAGUGGGGGAAAGAUGACAACGAUAACGCCCGGCUGGCCCACCUUAUCCUGUCGCUAGAAGCCAAGCUGAACCUUCUGCACAGCUACAUGAAUGUGACAUGGAUCCGGAUCCCCUCCGAGACACGGGCGCCCCUGGCACAACCGGAGUCUCCCACGGCCUCGGCAGGGGAGGACGUGCAGUCCCUGGCCGACUCGCUGGACUCGGACCGCGACUCGGUGUGCAGCAAUUCCAACAGCAAUAACGGCAAGAACGGCAAGGACAAGGAGAAGGAGAAGCAGCGCAAGGAGAAGGACAAGACGCGCGCCGACUCCGUGGCCAACAAGCUGGGCAGCUUCAGCAAGACGCUGGGCAUCAAGCUGAAGAAAAACAUGGGCGGUCUCGGCGGCCUGGUGCACGGCAAGAUGGGCCGCGCCAACUCCGCCAACGGCAAGAACGGGGACUCGGCAGACCGGGGCAAGGAGAAGAAGGCCAAGUCGCGCAAGGGCAGCAAGGAGGAGUCGGGUGCGUCGGCAAGCACGUCGCCCUCGGAGAAGACCACGCCGUCGCCCACGGACAAGGCGGCGGGCGCGUCGCCGGCGGAGAAGGGCGGCGGGCCGCGGGGCGACGCCUGGAAGUACAGCACGGACGUGAAGCUGAGCCUCAACAUCCUGCGCGCCGCCAUGCAGGGCGAGCGCAAGUUCAUCUUCGCCGGCCUGCUGCUCACCAGCCACCGGCACCAGUUCCACGAGGAGAUGAUCGGCUACUACCUGACCAGCGCGCAGGAGCGCUUCAGCGCCGAGCAGGAGCAGCGGCGCCGCGACGCGGCCACUAAACACACAGCUCCAUUUCAUAAGCCAAACCUCCUCCCCCAGCCCCGGCUCAAGCACCAUUCACACACUGCCAUCCAAGCCGCGGGCGGCCGUGGGAAGGGCACUGGACCACCCGUCUCGCGGGCGCGGUUAGGUACAGCGAUGGCUCCCAGUGCCGGGCAGCUCAGGCACUUCCACAGUGGACUGUCGCUGGAGGGCCCCUGGGCGAUGACCAUCGGUGCCCCGGGAGACAGCGAGGAAAUCACCCUUCGGUCACUGUUGCUUGUAAUAAACAAGAAGAAAUGUGUUUCCAUGACUGAGCGAGCCCUGUGGGGUCAAGCAGACCUUACCAGCUCUGGCUUCAUCCUCACUGGGCUGCAGAGGCGGCCCCUGCUCUAG